GUUUUUAUGAUGCCUAUCUCGAAAAACGGUUCCAGUCUCCUAAGACACUGUACCAGUUGACUGCACCGAGACCUCACUUGUAAUUAACAAGUGCCACUAAUUGCUCCCGUGGUGGGAGCCCGCACAAGGGCCCCGGCGCCGGGCGGGGGACGGAGCAGCCUGGGGCCGUCGGCUCCGGCGGCCGCUCCCGGCGAGCAGAAGGCCUUGCCGAGGCCUGCGCCCCGGCGGCUAGUAGAUCCAGAUCUGGAGAGGAGUAGAGUGGUUUGUAGUUGAGGCGUUAAACUUGGGGCAUCUGCUAACAGAAUGACUGACUCCACUGUAAGUAGCGGUUUGUUUGGUUUUUUGUUUUUUUUUUUUUUUUUUUUCCUUUGUAGGGCACUUCAGCUGUGGCCAUUUUACUCAGGAUCGCUGUAUUACUGUUCAGUGUGUAAGCUGGUUAAACGCCUCCAAAAUUUAUUUUUAUAGGGUUCAUUCUGGCAUCUUUUGGGAAGUUUGUUUGGCCACAGAAAUGGUUUUCAGGAGUAAAAUGGGUUUCUGGAAGUUGUCAGUCAAAUUAUUUCAAGAUGCUAUUGGUCCUAAAAUACUUUCACUUCUUCGUGUACAAAUUUUUGUCCUCUAAAAUGCUCAACAUGAGAUACCAGGUAGUCAUCUUCUGUACAAAUUCCAGCUACAACUGCUGGGUUUUCUACUAGUCUUGAAGUCCACUCUGGUGAAAUUCCGAGCUCAGCCUACACUUAAAAAAGCCUGAGGCCUUUUUUUUACACUUUCUUCAUACCUUGUCCUCUUUUGAUAUUUUCCCCGUUUUGUGAACUCGUAAAAGUACUCGAAGCACUUUUAUAACCAAGGAAUCAAAAGCUCAGAUUAUGUACACUGAAACUAUAAAUUCAGUUUUCAGAGACGGUUAUUUCCAAACGACCAUCUUAGUCUCUGCUCGCGCCAGGCAGAUACUCUGCCCCUCCCAGUGCUCUGGAGUUUUGUGGCUGCUACUGGCAGGUUGAUUGGAUCUAGUGAAAAAAUCCGUAGAGAUGUCAAAGGGAAAGAUUCCUGUCUGUCUUUUCUACCCAAAGAUGGUACUUUAGAUUGAUACUGGGUCUUAGGGUAUCUUUUUUUUUUUUUUUUUUUUUUUUGUUUCGGCACAUGUUUAAAUAAAACUUCACUUAGCCAGUUCACUCAUCGUUUUUUGUAAACCUGAAAAGAUAGUGGUUAGAGCUUGAGCUAAUUGAUGCUUUCUGCUAGUAGAAGAUUUGGUACUGUCAGUAGUUGAGGUAUGAACGAGAUAGGUACAGGAUCCUACAUUUUACCUCCCUAGCAGAGUCUCAAGAAUCCUGAUCUCUGUGACACUAAGACAAAACCAAAUUGUUGUCCCCGAGUAGGCAGAGGUGCAUAUGGAGGGGAAGGAAUUGCGAGGGAAAAUACCGCAGCGUUGGUUUUACAGAAACAAGGGUGUUGAUGGAAAGACUCCAUCCACUUUCCAUCCCAUGUGCCCUGGCCUUUUCAAAUCUUGUCUGAGGUACCCCCUCACCUAACACGGGUAGUUAACGUAGGGUCCUUUUAAAACAAAUCUGUUCCACUGUUUAAAACUUGGAGUGAUUUUUAUUUUUUUUAAGAAAGACAGUCCUCAGAAAGUGCCUUUUUAGAAGAUGGUGCUGUAGAUUUUUAUUUUCCAGUUGUACAUGGCUGAAAAUUUAAGAUAAAUUAUUGAAAAUGCCAAGUGUUUGAUGGUAUCUUUCAGGUACUUUCAAGCAUCAGCUUCUCUGAGUCAGGACCAAGAAUAACCAGGACGGUGUUUUCAUUUGGAGGGAGAGGCAUUGAGGAGUGAUCACCAAAUUCAGCUGGCACGUGUUUAGGGAGAUGGCCACGCUCAGUGUAAAGCCAGGACAGCGGUUCACCUUGCCCGACUGGCACACCAGCUCCCGUCUCAUCUCAGCUGACGCUGAACACCAGCGUUCUGCUUCCCACCAAGUCCGGCAGGAAGCCCGAGCUCUCCGCAACGAAACCAACAACCAGACAAAAUGGGAUGAACACGACAACCAAACCCGCCUGGCUGAACGUAUCAACAGCGUGAACAGAUGGAAAGAGUCCCUGGACAAAUGCCUUGCAGACAUAGAUGCGGAAAUCGAUGCCUUAGCUGAAGUGAAGAAAGCAGCAGAACGUGCCCUCCAGGCAAAGAACCUGCCUUUGGAUGUUUCCAUUGAGUGCCUGACGCUGCGGGAGAGCCGCCGCUCCAUCGACGUGGUGAGGGACCCUGUGGAGGAGGAGCUGCACAAGGAGGUGAAGGGGAUCGAAAAAGCCAAGAGAGAACUGCAGCAGAGAGCGAGCGAAGCCUUCGAACAGCUCUGCCUCUUACAGGAAGCUCGCCAGAAGCUGAGCUGUGACCACCGGUACAAGAUGAAAGCGCUGGAAAUAGAUAACGUGUGCUUAUCGCUCAGCGUAAACUCUCCCAACAUCUCCUUCAAGGUCAACCCAACACGGGUCCCAGACGGAUCAACUACAAUGGAUGAGUGGGAACAGAAUAGCCAAUUCAAUAAGGACCAUGCUGAGGCAGAAAUGAAAGCCUCGACUGGGCUCCGGGAAGCAACGGUGCUUGCCAUCGCCCAGACAAACAACGAGCUGGAGGCUCAGCGUGUCGCGACAGAGUUUGCCUUGCGCAAGAGGAUUAGAGACCUGGAAAGAGCCUAUGAUGAACUGAAAUGGCAGGAGCAGAAUACCUUGGAGGAAAUUGCUGAGAUGGAGGAGGACAUCCGACGGUUGGAGGAAGAUCUUCGGAGGAAAAUGCAAGAUCUGAAAGUGGCACACACCCGCCUGGAAACCCGCAUGUGUCGGCCUGGUGUGGAGCUCUGUCGGGAUCAGGUCCAGUACGGGCUAACAGAGGAGGUGCACCAGCUGGAGGGCACGAUCCGUGCGCUCAAACAGAAGCUGGAAGAGUCACAGGGUGCCUUGGACGCUCUUUACAGACAACUUCACCGCAUUCAGACAGAUAUUGGCUACAAGGCCAAUUCCCUGGUGCUGGACAACAAGUGCAUGGACAGCCGGAAAAAACUUGUGGUCCCUGCUGAGAAAUUUGCACCGGAGUUCGACACUUUCAACCGGACCACGAACCGUGUGCUCUCCACGCUGAAGAACAAGCAGCCGGACUUGGCUUAGCGCGCCGGGGAGCGUUGUGCAAGGAGCCACACCAAGGAGAAAAGCGACCAGUGACUCAGUUCCGUAGCAAGGAAAGCGGACAUCUGUGGUGUGUUAGGAUAAUGUAAUUCUCCUCCCUCCUCCCAGUUUGUUAUAUAACUGUCUGUCCCCUUCUAUGAUGUUUAUAGCUUCUUGCACUCCAAGGAGCGUUAUAAACAAUAAAGAGUCUGUCCCCAA